CACUAGAACUGCAUUUAGUUUUUUGUUUUGUUUUUCUCUGUGUAUCGUCGAGGAGCGCUUUGGACGCGAGAGCCACAUGCGUUUUUCGGGCCAGCCCGGGUGGGCUGUUGGCGGCAUUAACGUUGACGCUACCAGCAGCCCGCUCCGCGCACAGUUACGGGUUAGCGUUCGCGCUAACGUCGUUGCGGUCCAGCGGGCUGCGGUGUCCUGGCGUGCCGCCGAACACGGACGGUGUUGCUCCGGUGUGCGUACGCAGUAAAAGUCUCGGCGUUUACUGGCGUCGUCGCGAGGUCCGUGUCACACAACCGCACGCGACGCCGUUUUGUUUUUUUACGGAGGUCAAGUCUGUCCAGCCUGAGGGGAAUUGUUGAAAGAAGAACAAGCUGCCUUCAACUCUGCCGCCGCGGUAGAUUUGGGCACCUGGCUCCGAUACUUGGGAGCCCCCACUGCUCCUGCACGAAGUGAAGGUUGAUAUGCCACAUCUGGUGGCUAAAUUACGUUUGGCUGCUGCCCCCGUCCACAGCAGUACGUUGCUUGGCCCCCGUGCUGGUACUCCUGCCUGCGUCUCCAAACUGGGGGCGCGCCGACCGCCAUCUACUGAAGUGAUGGAGCCCAUGACGGUGACGACGUCGGUGGUCGGACCCGAGGAGUUUGACCGCAACGCCCCGCGGAUCUGCGGCGUGUGCGGGGACAAAGCCACCGGCUUCCACUUCAACGCCAUGACGUGCGAGGGCUGCAAGGGUUUCUUCAGACGCAGCAUGAAGCGCAAAGCCGCCUUCACCUGCCCGUUCAACGGGAGCUGCACCAUCACCAAGGACAACCGGCGUCACUGCCAGGCCUGUCGCCUCAAACGCUGCGUUGACAUCGGCAUGAUGAAAGAGUUCAUCCUGACCGACGAGGAGGUUCAGAGGAAGAAGGACAUGAUAAUAAAGAGGAAAGAGGAGGAGGCCGCACGGGAGGCGAUGAGGCCACGUCUGAACGAGGAGCAGUCCCGUAUCAUCUCCAGUCUGGUGGAGGCUCACCACAAGACCUUUGAUGCCUCCUAUUCCGACUUCUCCCGCUUCAGGCCUCCAGUGCGCGAAGGCCCAGUGACUCGCAGCGCCAGCAGAGCAGCCUCCCUUCACUCUUUGUCUGAUGCCUCCUCCGACUCAUUCAACCACUCACCUGAGUCCGUGGAUACCAAGAUGAACUUCACCAGCCUGUUAAUGAUGUACCAGGAUGGCGCCAGCAGUCCAGACUCUAGUGAGGAGGACACAAAGCUCUCGAUGCUGCCCCACCUGGCUGACCUGGUCUCCUACAGCAUCCAGAAGGUCAUCGGCUUCGCCAAGAUGAUCCCAGGCUUCAGAGAGCUGACCGCAGAGGACCAGAUCGCCCUGUUGAAGUCGAGUGCCAUUGAGAUCAUCAUGCUGCGUUCAAACCAGUCGUUCAGCCUGGAGGACAUGUCCUGGAGCUGCGGGGGGCCGGACUUCAAAUACUGCAUCAACGACGUCACAAAGGCGGGUCACACUCUGGAUCUGCUGGAGCCGCUGGUGAAGUUCCAGGUUGGCCUGAAGAAGCUCAACCUGCACGAGGAGGAACACGUGCUGCUCAUGGCCAUCUGUCUGCUCUCCCCAGACCGCCCCGGCGUUCAAGACCACGGUCGCGUGGAGCAGCUGCAGGACCACCUGUCGGAGACGCUGCAGGCCUACAUCCAGGUGAACCACCCUGGCGGGCGCCUCCUCUACGCCAAGAUGAUCCAGAAGCUGGCCGACCUGCGCAGCCUGAACGAGGAGCACUCCAAGCAGUACCGCUCGCUCUCCUUCCAGCCCGAGCACAGCAUGCAGCUCACCCCGCUGGUGCUGGAAGUGUUUGGCAGCGAGGUGUCAUAGCAGAGGAGGAGGCGGCGCGCUCGCAUGCACACACGCACACACACUAAUACCCCCCCCACACAUACACACACACACACACCUCUCACACCAGAGAACCCCAGCCCUGAUGCACCUGGACGCAAGGGAGAAAGAUGGAUAAUCUGAUAGGUUACCUUCACCUGUUCGUCAUCAUCUCGUCCUCCUUCUGGUCCUCCCGACAAGGAGAGAGGCUCAGACGCCCGGACAUCUGAUCUAUGGAUUCAAUAUGCUCUCAAUAUUAUAACCAGAUUGUAUUUUAAAGCGGGAUCUGCAAACACAGCACCGUAUUAAAUCAAGCAGAUAGCCUUGAUUCAUGGACAUCCACAACGGACUGACAACCCCCGGUCCUCUCCGAAUCCCUAAACUCUCCUCUUCCCAUCAGCAUCUCCCACAGCAUUUUCCCAAGUGAAGACAGCUUGCUGUGAUGUGAUGGUGGCUGCAUGCGUCCCUGCUACCAUCGUCCUCAGGACAUCGUUUGUCGUUCACAUCGUCCUAGAUGACUGACGGGAGUCUAUUGGCCGCGGCGGCCCUCGUCUGCUAGAGCGACGUCGGUACAAGCGUGUUAGGUAGAUAUAGACUAUUGUCGACGGCAGAGUCAUCGAAACGAAUCGAUCAUCAAAACGGAGAGCAGGUUUACUGCUACAGGGACUGAGCCCUGUGUGUGUUUAACGGGAGGAAAGCAAGUCUCAGUGUUUCAGUGCGGGAACGGUCAGAGGAGAGGGGGGAUAAAAGGAGAUGGGAGAGACGGAGGGAUCUGCUACAGUUCCCUGUUCACGAGACAAAAUUUUGCUAAACAAGAAUGUAUGUAUAAUGCUAUAUAAAUAUAAAUGAUAUGUAUAAGAUGAUAUAUAUAUAUAUAAUAUGAAUAUAUAUAUAUAUACAUAGAUGUAUAAGAAAGAUAAACAUGGUUGCUUCCGUGGAAGCAAAUAGUUUUGAGUGUUGUAUAAUGUAGAGGACUUGAAGGCCCCUCCUCAGUCGUGUGUGUGUGUGUGUGUUGUUCUUCAACUAAUACGCACACACAAUAGAGCGCUGAAGUGUGUGAGGAGUCCUUCCAUUUGUGUGACGUGUGUACAGUAUUUGAGAAUAUUGAUGGACCACAAGGGGGUGUGUGCAGGCGCUGGGCCGAGGGGCUUCGGUGCAGUUAAGCACUUUUUAUUUUUCGGGACCUGUGAAUUUUUUAGGCUGACACAUGCAAACACAACGCCAUGUUUCGCGGAUACUGACUAUCCAAAAAUAUAUCUUUUUUUAUUUCCAGCUGGUUAGAUUGCUGCUAAGACAGUUAGCGAUAGAUAGUUGCCGGCUGUCUGCCUCAGGGAAACGUUUGUCUGGUGAUGUUGUGUACGUGGUGUUGAUGGUGUGUGUGGCGUAAGCUUACAAUCAUAAGACAGAGAUUGUGUUUAUUGAAGCUUCAGGCAUCACUGUGAUCUGUAAUCAUGCUAAAUAACAGCAGAAGUAAGCUAAAAACUUUUUAAAGAUAACGAUAAGAUAUAAGAUUUUCAUUCCUUAAGGAUUCAAACCUCCUUGUAUAUUGAAGGUGAUCAUUGUUUCUCCUUCCCAUCAAUUGGCUAAAAUAGGUAGCCAGCAAUUUGUGUUCAAACAUCGAGUGAUUAAUAUCAGCCUUUGUAUUUUUUUCUUUCUACAGAAGGUAGCGUUGUAUAGUUGUCAAAUAAUUCAUAGCCUGUAGUGUUUUUAAAAUGAAUUCCCUAAGAUGUUCUCAACAGCUGGGCAGUCAUAAAGUUAUAAUUCUUUUAUAUCAAAUGUAAAAAUGUAAGACUCAUAGCUUUUUUUUUUUGUUUCAUCUACAUCAUUUCAACAGCAGCCACAUAAGCGAGGUUUAGGAUGCUGCUCUCCGGCAUCACUACAUAUCAUGUCAGCCAACACAAGUGCAUGCUCACCCCUCACGCGGGCCUGGAUCACCCCCUUGUGGACAAACUCUGUAAAUACCACUUGCUAAGUCUGUACAUAGUUUAGAGAUUAAUGUAGGCAGAAUACUAAGACAGUUGUUGAUGACGGGAUGCCCUCAGAGAUACGGCACCAUAUGCAAUCUGGAGAUGGGCUCUUUAACGUUGCGUUCAACUCGAAUGGGCAGAGUUGUGCGAUCCUGGUCCGGCUGCUGAGUUGCAGUAAAACAGGCCGACAUUCCACGUAUUCAGAUUCCCCAAGAACAAAAUACUGAUGACGCUGUGUGUUCAACACAAAUCAACACACCUGAAAGACGCUGGUUUAAUAGCAUUGUGAGAAUCAGAGAGUCCCCCCCCCCCCCCAUCCCCUCCCACAACUCAGUGUGUCCUCACCAGGAAGCGUCCUCUCUGUCCCUUUCCAAGCUUAUGGAUGUGCAUCUUUUAUCUUUCUGAAGUCUAUCGAUAAGCUUUCAGCAAUUAUACAGUUUAUUCAUGAUGUUUUUAUUUUUGGUGAAAAUCUGUGUAUGUUUUUAGUUAUUAACCUCCAAUUUCUUUCGGUUCUUUUUAAAACUGUCAAUAUGUGUCCGUUCGCUGUCCCCAGCCAGCGCUCUGCUCGCUGCACUGUGACGUCAUAGUGAUGAUACCUGGUGACCCCCGGAGCCUUUUCACAGUGCAAAAUGGACGAGCUCCACCUUCUCUGUUCUCUCGAUUUCAAGCCAGCAAAAAAAACAGAGCCGCUUUUUCUGGGAGGGCGGGGAUUCAAACAAAACAAAAAGACAAUGCAGCCUUGUUUCACCUGUAGCUGCUUACUAAAGGGGAAGAGGACACUGUGGAGGUAAAAGGUGGUCCCAGGCUCCGAGAGAGGAAAAGGCAAGCAGGAUGUCAAACACAAUCAAGGACUCAUGGACUCAGCCGACCUACUACAUCCAGCCGGUGGCAUCUUACCGCCUCUUCUUCUGCAAUAGCCGAAUAUUAUCACAGCAGGAUCACUCUUCAUGGCUUUAACUCGGCAGCCGCUCACGCUCUGCUUUUGGACAAGUGCGGUGCCCCAGGGGCCGAUGGGAGCCGGAGGUUUAGUGAAACCGCCGCAUGUGGAGUUGGAUUGUGUCACUUUACUGUGGGAAAAGCAGAAGAAUGGCGACCUUCUUUGUUCUGUGGGACUCAGAGGGCCGUUUGGACCGGACCGGCAGGAGACCGCGUCCAAUCUGGAUCCACGAUCUCAGUAUUUAAGUUCUUUUUUUUAAAUGAGAAUCUGCCACAAGACAGACGCAGUGACUGACAAGACUUCACCUCCUCUACCCAAAGUGUCUUGCGAUCGCAGCAAAAACACAAAUAUCAUGAUUUCUUAACGAGUAGUUGUUGAGAUACAUGGGAAAAACUGGACUUUUUACAUACAACAUCUACAUCUGUUUGAAAAGGGAUGCAGGUUUGGGGCGCCGGGGCGGGAGCGUGCUCAGUGGGGCGGUUCCGCCCACUCGCUCUCUGCCCCCUCAGACCCGCCACCCCUCAACCCAGGUCAGCAGCUCCAGCUCAGUAGCCUUACUCAUGGAAACCUCCGUCAGCUGGAAACACUGAUCAGAUACCUCAAUGUUUUACACAAUGACUUUUCACUACAGCCUUUAAGGGAACCAAACACACACACACACACACACACACACACGCACACACCCACACUACAAAUCCCUCGCCUAGUCAGAACGCACGGGAAACUAGUCGCAAGCUGUAUAAAGAAGACGAUUGGCCGGUCGAAUCCUCUCGCUUGUAGACCAGCAGGUGUGAGUGGAUCCCAAUGUUUCCACGCGUUGGCCGCCGCGUCGCUCACGCGGUCCUCAUCUCUCUGUUUCCUGUCGUCUCUCUGUCUCUACAAACGGAUUACGUGCCGCUAUAAGCUCUGGCGCUGCGUUUAACCAAACGUACUACCUCUCCCUAUAUACACAUAUAGAUUUGUAUCUAAAUGUAUAUAUAGAUUUGUAUCUAUAUGUAUAUAUAGCCGCAGCAAUUUAUUUUAAUACUACCGUAGAAGGUUUUUUGUGUAUGCGUACAGUAAAAUUCUUUUUUUUUUUUUUUUUUCUUCUAAUGCGAAAGAGGAUUUUGUUUUUACCUCAAAUCUCAAUACAAGCCUAUACAAGUCCGAACAUCAGAAGCCUCAUCAGCGUCACGUUGUGUGCGUCUGUUUGAAUACAUUUUAAGAGCCACGUUCACAUAGCAGCUAAAAGUGACCAAAUUGGAGUUGGAAGAUAGUAACUGAAAUAUCCAUGGUCCUAAAACAAAAUCUCCAAAUCUGAUUUAUUGUGGACCCAGAAAAGAUAAUAGCACUUAUUUUUUUGUAUUAAUUGGAUGUGGAAGCAGUUUAACCAACACGUGAUCCAAAGACUCCACGAUUGACAAAAGUUAAAUCUGAUCAGUAAAUUGGAUUUAAGCUCCAGCUAUGUGAAUCUAUGUACUAUGUGAAUCUUGGCCUUUGUCCUCACAUCCAAAAUUUAAAAGAUGCAGCGGUGUCCUCCGUCCGCUCGUGUCUCUCGGCCUCCUAAAACCACCUGACAAGGUUUUGUAACGUUGGGAUCCCUUAUUAUGUUGUCGCCAAACAUUUAUUUUGUUUUUUCUUCUACUCAAUCCCACGUGAGCACGCUGCCUUCUUCUAAAGCACUCUUAACUCUGGUUCUUAGUCCUUCUUUCAUCUGCUGCAUCUGCUCAGCUUUCAGGUAACCGGGCCUUCAGAAUAAAAGCACCGCGCCUUUUAGUGAACACUAUGUCGACUCUCUGCAUGUGAGAGAAAGCCUCAUUCGCGGGUUGACUGUGUUUAUUCACAUCUUUCAAGUAUUUUACUUACUACUUUUUGCACCUUGGUCAAUUAUUCAAAAUAGACAGACGUUGAACCUUCAGCAGAUUCUUAAUCUGCAAAUGGACCUGAGGAGAGCAGUCGGCCUUUCUAGCGUCAAGAACGUCAUCUGCUGCUCUGAUUGCAUUUCUCUGCUACCUCUUUAACUAUGCGCCUGGUCAUAUAAACACACACACACACACACACACACACACUGCACCCACAGGUCAACAUGCACUAAUACCAACCGAAGAAAAAAACCUUGGACCCACACACAGCAUUUGUGUGAACUUAUUUAUCCUUCACCAGCAGAUUUUUGCCAAUGAUGCACUUGUGUUUUUCUCUAAAAUGCUCUGCAAUACAUGUGAUGUCUACAAAUGGUUUAUCGUCAUCUACUAUCAUUUUCUUCUUUUUGGAAAAAAAUAAUAAAAAUUCCGCAGCUCUGAUCUAUAAGUCCUGGGCCAGCCAGAUGGUUGGAAAACAAAGUCAACGUUAAUGCGUGCAGAAUAUAUAGACAGUUGUUGUUUUUGAGGGGAAAAAACCAUAAAUAUACAUAUUGCUCAGCUCAGUUGAACCUUGUUGUGCCUAGAACCCACAGCCUUAUUUUGGGACAAUAUCUGGUUGAAAACCAGAAUACAGGACCAUCUGUUCCUGUAUCACAAACCGUCUAUGUUUAGUUUCAGGAACUGAUUUGUUCUUCUCAUCAUAUCCACAUAUUUGUCCUUUGUCCGGGUCAGAGUCUCUUGCUCGUGGGAGGUGCAUCUACCGUCGUUUCUGCGGGUUGUUCUUUUGUUUCAUUCAGUAUUUUAAUUUAUUCCCCUUGACUGAGUUUUUUUUCAGUGACAGUUGGCUCUUAUAAAGUUUGAAAAAAAAGAUUUAAAUGUUAAGUCAAAAUAUUGAUUGUUGUGAAGAAGAGUUAUUAUUGAUUUUUAUUUAAUUUGUCUUAAUUUAAGCUUAUUUUUUUAAAGAAUGUCCAGCAGACUGACCUCCCUUUGCAUGAACUAUUCUCAUCAUUAAGGGAACAAACAAGUAAUGAAAAGUUUUUAAAUUGUAGUUUGUUCUCAGCAGAGUCCCAAGAUAAGUAGCUUUACCUUUCACUCAUGCACAUCACCAUGCAGUAAAACUCACCUGACCUCAUUGUUUCUAGCAGAAACUCGUCUUUUCAACACUUACCGUUGCCAUGGCAUCGCUCGCCGUUGAUUGCCUGACAGAUAAAAUAAAUAGUGUUUUACAUUCAGUACCAAUGUCUCUCUUCGUGGUCAAAAUCACCGCCUGUUUUUUUUUUUUGUUGCUCUUUUUGUCUUCUUGUCUUUGAAGUGUAUCCAUUGUACUUUGAUUACAUGAAUUGUAUGUAGUAAAAAUACUGAUAAAGAUUUUGGGAAAUCACAAAUAAACCGCUGUACAUAAUGAUGCAGAA